AUGCUUCACAGACCCACGCUCAUCCCAAAUACAAUGAGAACAACGUACAAAACAUCCAGGUCUUCCCUGGUUUCGGAGUCUGCGUUGAGUCCAUUAAUCAAUACCGAAGAGAUUGUUGUUGUGGAACCAACAGAUCCGGAUGAGGAUAGAUUAAAAGAGCUUCAACAACAAAUGCAACUUAAGCAGUCAACAGUUACACACUCAAACAUUUCUAAUACCGAACCAGUGAAGUCCAACGUGGAAACGGCAGCGGUCCCGACGGAUGUUGAUAUAACUACCCACAAUAGUACCACAACCAGUACCAACAUCCCACUGUCGGAGGCACUUCACUCACUUUUAUCGGCUGCAGUUCGCUCGUGUGUGUCUAUUUCCAAUGGAUCGAUACCCUCGAGUGUAUCCAGUAAGCUAACUCCCAAUGAUACUGAAAGUACACGUACUCUUUUCAGUGAUGACUCUACUGUGAGCUCCAAGCCUACUUCGGGAAUUAGCGACACUUCAAGUCCCUCCAGUCUACUUAAUAUGACGCCCAUAGCUGCCACACGGACUAUCGGGAAUGCAACGGAGUCUCUUCACCCUCUGGUUGCAGCUCUACUUGUGAACUGUGCGACUGUUAAUCUGAUUACACAGCAUGUACGAUCACUCGGGAUGCCGGUGUAUGUUUCACCUUCUCCCGGUCAAAGCAGCGCCCUUUCCUGUCACAAUUUGACCAAUAUAAUUUCCACAUGUCUCUCAAAAUUGCCAACUGAAUCGAGGCCCCCUCAGCGCGUAGAAAGCGCGCAUCAAACCAACUCAUCAACUUCCAAUACCGAAACGAAUAUAUCGGAUUCAACAAGUUAUAUGGAUAAAAUAAAGCACAAUAAUGGUCUAGUGUCACACAAGAUGAUUAAUAGAGCUACAAAUCCACCUACCCUUAUCACUAACACCAAUAAGAACACGAGAAGCACCAGCACAUCCGGUGUCAAAACAACCACAGAAACUGAUCGGGCAUCCAUGGUUGUUCAGUCUCUGUUGGACGAGGCCAGGACGGCAAUCGAAGCCAGUAAGGACUCCGCCGUGUCCGCUUCAAAAACACCGAAUCGAGUGAAGCGUUUCAAGUGUCCUAUACCCAACUGCAGCUUGGCAUUCUACAGUCGAUUCAAUCAAACCGAACACAUUCGAACGCACACAGGAGAACGUCCGUUCCUGUGCACAAUCCCAAGUUGCUCUGCGGCGUUUAAAAGACGCCGAGAUUUGCGAGAUCAUUUGAACGUGCACACCGUGUGUGAGAUUCGGAAAACUGUGCGAACCGUUAAACCGGACACAAGUUCCCCACAACCGAGUGACCCAUUACCAGAUAUCACACUUUCCACGGAAAAGACCGUCAUAAAAUGCGAGCAAACUAAUUGUGACUUAGGAAACGAGAUAGCAAUGGAACUGGACAAGUUAGCGGAUGAUGCUCCGUUAAUUUACCCAUCUCAUAAGUGUUCAGGUUCUCCCCUUGGCAAAGGCGAUUCGAUCGACUCAGUGCAGUGUAAGCCUUCGAAUGAGGAUUUAGUUCUCCGUAAAAGUUCUAGCGAAAAAAAACAUCCCGUCACUUCUGGCACUCCACAAACGACCGUACGUCGUCAUGCCUGUCCAUAUGCAAACUGUGAUAAGGCGUAUGCAAAGCUGAAUAAAUUAAAAGAGCAUUUAAGGUCACACACAGGAGAACGACCGUAUGUUUGCCGUGAGCCCGGUUGCGGGGCCGCAUUCAUUCGUCUCUACGGUGUCCGACGUCAUGAGUUGACACAUGUCUUCAAUCGGAAAGGUGGAUCUCGAUUUGCCAAGAAACUCAACCAUUUUAGCAAUGCAAAAGGGCCCGUCGUGUCGGAAGAUUCGAAUCAUGACCAAAGUGAGUAUUCUUCCACGCAUUCAUCAUCGGGCAUGUCUGUUCCGUUCAUUUCCCCUCUCUCCAAUAUUAGAUCGUUGAUCAAAGAUGCGGAAGCGUCUGCCGUUCCAUGGGAUAAUGAAAAAAAUUUCUGUCCUGUAGGGAAUAAUCCCGAUUCUUCACAUUCCUCGUUUCUUACAACAACAACAACGACCCAGUCUACACGUUCGCUUCCGGUUAUUGCUCCGAAAGUGACAGCCCAACUGAUUCCUCGCCCACUCUCUCCGAUUUCCGGACGUCCCGGGAUUCGUCGACCGCAUUUAUGUCCGUUUAAAGAUUGUGGCAAAGCGUUCCCUAAAACGAACAAAUUGCGCGAGCACAUCUAUCGACACACAGGUGAGCGACCCUAUGCUUGCGAAAAAUGCAGUGCCUCGUUCGUUCGGAUGUAUGAUCUACGACGUCAUAGUAAAAUCCAUUUGCGUAUAUUGGACGCACGACGGGGUUCACUACCGUUGGCGCCUAAGCAGCAGCAGAAAUGCACGUCCAACUCAAGUGCAAUGAUUAAACCGGAGCCGGAUUCGACGCUUUUGUGUUAA